UUUAUAGAUUUGUUUUUUUACCUGCCUAAAUAAAUAAAUAAAUAUAAAUAUACACUUUUAUUAAUCCCCAAGGGGAAAUUAGUUCUCUGCAUUUAACCCAUCCUUAGUUAUUAAGGAGCAGUGGGCUGCAGUGAUGCGCCCGGGAAGCAACUGGGGGUUCAGUGCCUUGCUCAAGGACACUUCGACUUGCAACUAAUGGGGAGAGCGGGGAUCGAACCCACAACCUUGCGGUUGCAGGACGACCCUCUUACCCCACUGAGCUACAGCCGCCCCCAAAGUACAGAUAGGACAUCAAAGAACAAAAAUAAAAUGCUAUUAAAUUAUCGAAAUUAUUAUGGGGGCAUGUUGUGCCUCUCCCAGUGAUAUCAGGGGCAAGUUUAUAUUUCUAAGUGGCAGUUUUGCCCUUUUCCCUCUGAAUAGUUGGAUCUUUGGAUGCGUCCUAUAUUAAGUUUUUCCUUUGUGUCGUGGGGGGAGUUGACGUGGACUUACACGUAGAAGUUUACAAGCGCACGUGUUGGGUUUUUAUCGUCUUUGUGUAGCUGUGUGUGUUUUUGGUGCCGUCUAACCGCACAGGGACCUAGAAAGAUGACAUGUUGACGGUGUCGCUGAAGGCCGUGUUGGUAGUUAUUGGCAUGCAGGCAUAUGUCUCGUUCAGCUGUUCUCCUGAAGGAUGUGCCGAGAAUAAUGUGCUCAUGUUGAGCUUAAACGAAACUCAGAAUAGACAUUAUAUCUAGCGCCACACAGUUGCCUUUAAAACCAGUUGUAUGGGAGCGACACGCUGUUCCACAUGCUCAGGGGUGCAGCUCGGCUCUUUGUGCUUCUGGCAGAGCCACAACCGAAAUGUUCUGGUUCACUCUCGCGACGUCCUUUUUGUCCAAAGCUUGCAGGGGAAAAGUUGGAAAAACACUCUGUAGACCCCCGGCUGGUGAACUAAGUGGAGCAUUUAGUGUGACGGUAGAUUUGUGUCUUUAUUACGCAAACAAACAAAAAGGUUUUGAGAGCAAAUUUCUCGCUUGUUAAUAAUUGAAUUGUUAGUGUUGCUGAUGGAACUAGAAUGUGUUGCUGCAAAUAAAGAAACUUGGCUCUCAAAAAAAAAAUUGGCUCUCAAAAAAAAUUGCCUCUAAAUAAAAUAUUCACUCUCAAAAAAAAAUGUUGCUCUCAAAAAAUAAUCCACUCUCAAAAAAUAAUAAUAAUUAAAAAAUCCACUCUCAAAAAAAAAGUGGGAAAAAAAAUUUGCUCUCAAAAGAAUGUCGCUCUCAAAAAGAAAAACACUAAAAGAAAUUCUUUUUAAAAAAACUGCGAUUAAAACAAAAUUCACUCAAAACAAAAAUCGUCGCUCUCAAAAAGAAAACAUUUUAAAAAAUCAAUUUGCAAAAAAAAUAUGGUUGCUCUAAAAAAUAAAAAUUCUCUUUCAAUAAAAAAGUUAAAGGAAAAUGUGUUAUCACAUUUCCAUUCACGCUCAGUUUGAAAUAAUGAAUGACUUUAAAAGAAAAACGCUCAAAAUGUAAGCCGGCAUACAUUCUCCCCGCGCUGCGAGUGAACACACCUUGACUAAGAGGCUCGGUGGCAACAGUAGCUCAGGGAUAACACGCUAUUUAUUAUGUAAACACCGAGAUUCCACAACGGUUAAGGUCAUGCAAAAAGAAGUCCUGUAACCCCAUUGGUCGACAUGUGUAUGAACCCUGUAUGUUGCGUAACUUAAAAUAUUUAAACUUGAGGUCUCAAACUAAAGUCUCCUGUGUUUUUGGACCCACCCAUUCACCUUUGCCACAACAUUUUCUUUCAAGUGCAUCGCACAAAGAAAUGUUUGCACGUGCCAGAGGUCGUGAAUCCUUAGAAGCCGAAUCAUUUGAAUGAUUGAGGAGAAGGUUUAGAAAAAAAGAAAGCGGCAUUCUCUCCGGGUAUCUCGUCUGAGGAUCCGCUCAUCUCUCUUCGGCAGAACGCGUCGCGCACUGGAAGGUAUGCGAGAUAUCCGAAAGUGGUUUGGAUUCCAACAACAUAGCAGAGCGGCACACGGCGUUCAGAGUGGAGCAGCGCUAUUGUCAUGAAAGGUAAUUAGUUGCAGGGUGUAACAGAGGCGCAUUGUGCGGUUCAAGCUUUGACUUCCUCAGUCAAAUACAGCCAGGAAUCCUUCGACGGCCAAUGAAAACACCGGCGAACGGGUCAGAACCAUCGCAGGACCUUCACUCGGGGGACCCGCGUGAAGGUCCUGUGCGACACCAAAAGUGAUUCAUGGAGAAAUUACGACAAAGAACAUUGUAUUUUCCCGUAUCGAGCCUUCAACACAUUUUUAUCUGACUAUAUCAUCAUCACAUAUUACAUCAGAUAAGAUCUCACAAGUCGGGUGUCGGGAGUUAUUUUCACAUUUUAAAAACCUGUCAACGGCCAGAUAAAUAUAAAUAAAUGAAAGAAAAAAUAAAGGAGGAAACAUUUGUCUCUUCAAAUAUGUUUGUACCUGAACCAGUCUUGCCGCAUUUACCUGCCAAACGUAGACAGGUGAGUGGGCGUGGCCCGACACCAUUUUAAAUGUCGCAGCCUGAGAAGCAAAAAACACACUUUGUAUGCGAUCGAGAUUCGACGUGUAGAGAUCGAGAAAAAAGAGGUUUUUUACUUUUCUGGAGCGUUUUGUUGGAGCCAUUUUUAAAAGUCUGACCUACCAACAGGAUGUCCUUAUGUGGAAGCUUCCUGUCCGACGAGCAGUUCCUGUGCUCCAUCUGCCUCGACGUGUUCACCAACCCUUCCACCACGUCGUGCGGACACAGCUACUGCAUCGACUGCAUCAGCAAAUACUGGAACGGCUCUACGAUUUACCAGUGUCCUCUGUGUAAUAAGACCUUCCCGAAGCGACCGGAGCUCCAGAUCAACAGGACGCUGCGAGAGAUUACCAACGAGUUCAAAUCAAUGAUAGGAGUGGGGAACGGUACGAGAGGGGGAGGAGCAGGAGGAAGAGGAAGAGGAUUGAGAGGAGGAACAGCAAGACACAUGGGAGAAGGAGGAGGCAUACCAAAGGAUUUAAUUGCGGAAUUGAAGAAGAGGCUUCCUCGAGCUACGCAAGAGCCAUCACUGCCGAUACCCUGUGAGACCCAAGAUUCAGAGUCCGUCCCGCCGACACCAGCCUCGACCCCUCUUGCUUCUUCAGUACCGAACCAAACUAUGAUCGCCUCCCCAAUAAGCCCCUCCGAAAAUGCUGCGCCGCCCUUUUACCUGAACCGGAGAAGGUUCACCAUGAUCGGGAACGAGAUAAGCACCCGGCUCCCCGUCUGUGAGAUCCACCACAGAGGAAUAGUGAUUUACUGUAAGACGGAUCAAGUGUGUGUCUGUCCUGAAUGUGAGACCGAGGACCAUCAGGGUCACGACACGGUGACCCUCGAAGACGAGUGGAUGAAAACCAAGGUCCAGCUGAGUGAGUCGGAGAAGGACGUCAAGGAGAUGAUCAGACAGAGGAUCCAGAAGAUUGAGGAGAUCAAUCUGUCAUCCACUGAGCAGGAGCUGGCGGUGGAGCGCAACACGGCGGGCAGCGUCUGCCUGUUCUCCGAGCUGGUGUCGGCCAUCGAGCGCUCCCAGGCGAAGCUGAUGGAGACGAUGGACGCGAGCCGCGUGGCGGCCGCGCUGCAGGCCGGCGCCAUGAAACGACAGCUGGAGCUGGAGCUGGAAGAGCUGCAGAGGAGGGAGAGCGGCCUCGCCGAGCUCGCCCUGUCCGAGGACUACAUUCACUGCAUGAAGACGUUCCCCGUCAUCUCCAGUCCUCCACCCGUCAAAGACUGGUCCGGGGUGUCGGUGACCUCUGACCUGGGAACGGGGCCCAUCUACAGGUCUCUGGCAGCUGAGGUGGAGAAGUUCAAGGAGGAGCUUUUGAUCCUCGCGGGAACAGGUUUUGCUGACUCGGCACUCGCUCCCAGUCCGGUCCCAUAUCAGCCCGAGACGAUGAGGGUUGAGGAUUACGCAGUGGACGUGACUCUGGACGCCAACACCGCUCACCCGAGACUCCUCGUGUCAGACGACAUGAAGAGUGUGAGGUGUGCAGAUCGACACCAGGUGGUUCCGGACAACCCGGAGCGGUUCGACAGGGUGGUCUGCGUCGUGGGGAGAGAGGCCAUCUCCUCCGGGAGACACUACUGGGAGGUGGAGGUGGGCAGGAAGACGGACUGGGAUCUUGGAAUCGCCAGACAAUCGAUCAAAAGGAAGGGGAAGAUCGAGGUUAUCCCGAGCAACGGAUACUGGUUCCUCAGUCUGAGAAACAGGAAUAAUUACGCCUUUCGCAGUGAACCCUCCACAAGCGUCCGUCUGGACCUCCGGCCACACCGGAUCGGGAUCUUCGUGGACUACGAGAAAGGCCAGGUGUCCUUCUACAGCGUCGACACCAAAGUUCACAUCUACACCUUCAACGACACGUUCACCGAAUGCAUCUACCCGUUCUUCAGCCCCUGCACCAACAAAUCUGGGAAGAACGACAUGCCGCUAAUUAUCACUCCAGUGUACAUGAAGGAUUGACACCUGGAUGCACGGAAAAAAUUAUAUAUCUUUUAUAUAUAUAUAUAAAAAGAUAUAUAUAUAUAAUAUAUAUCAUAUAUGUAUAUUUAUACAAAAAACUGGUAAAUCUGUAAAAACAAGUGUAGAUGAAUUCAGAUUCACAGUAUGGAAAUAUAUAUUUAUAUGUAUUCAUUAAAUAUAUAUAUAACUUAUAUAUAUUAAAUAGAAAUACAUAUUUGAUAUACAUCAAAUAUGUAUAUAUUAAAUUUAUAUACAUAAGAUAUAUAAAUACUUAUCUUCUUUAAAUGU